AUGCUCAAAAACCAAACACUAGGAAAUCACAAUGGCAAACAAUAUAAUUUUGGAAGGGAAUUGCUCACCACCAUCACCAUGAUGAUUAUUCUAGUUAUCGGGUUGUGUACAUUAUUUUGUGCUCAACCAUCGGAGGCUUCGGAAGUUGUAGCAAUUGGUGAUUUGCAUGGAGACUAUUCAAUGUUUUUAGAAUUAUUAAAUUAUUUAAAUCUUACGAGAGAUGAGACGAGUGGAUGGAUCAAUACUGGAGAUGUUGAACUUAUUCAGACAGGAGAUGUUUUGGAUAGAGGAGAAUAUGGAUUGGAACUUGUUAGACUAUUUAUGAAUAAUACAAAUAAUUCUAAAGUUGAAAUGUUAAUAGGUAAAUAUUUAUUGAUGAUGUAUUUUGGUCAACUUUGUUAG